AUGAAGAGGCAGUAUUCUUUGAUAGAAAGAUUUCUUCAGAAUUUGGUGGUAGCAUAUUACACUACAUUCAUAUAUGGUCACCUGAUAGCCCUAUUUAUAAUGUUAUUAUUAUUCUUCUCAAGCUAUUGGCCAAUUUUAUUGAUAACAUUUAUAUGGGUGUGGUAUGACAGAGAGACACCACAUAGAGGCGGGAGAAGCUCAUGGAUAAUGAGAUCAUUGCCAUUUCUCCGAUAUAUAAGAGAUUACUUUCCAGUUGGACUGGUUAAGACUGCUUAUUUGGAUCCUAAAAGAAACUACAUAUUUUGCAUUUUCCCACAUGGACUAGUCAGUGCAUCAGGUUUUGCUAACUUUGUUCUUGAGGAUUCUCCAAAAUCUAAGUUGUUUCCAGGCCUCAAGUUCUACGCAGCUACUUCAGAUAUUAAUUUUUUUUUUCCUUUAUUGAGAGACUACGUCUUAGCACAAGGUGCAAUAUCAGCAUCUAGUAGAAGCUUGAAAUAUAUGCUAAAUGAUAGUAACAAGGGAAACGUUAUCAACCUGAUGGUCGGAGGAGCAAGUGAAGUCGCUUUAAUGAAACGAGGAGAAUAUAAAAUUAUAUUAAAGAAACGCAAGGGAUUUAUCAAAUUAGCUCUGAGUGAAGGAUGUUGUUUGGUGCCAGUGAUCAAUUUUGGUGAGGUUAACAUUUAUGAUCUGGCAUUACAUGAGCCAGGGAGCCUCAUGUAUCGAUUACAACACUGGAUCCUAAAGAAGAUGAGUUUAUUUGUAGUGAGACCAGUUGGUAGACCUGGGCUCAUGAGCUUAAUGCCAAAGAGAGAACCCCUUACAACAGUAGUUGGUAAACCAAUCGAAUUGCCAAAAGUGGAUGAGCCUUCUACAGAACAAAUUGAACACUACCAUUCUUUGUUUGCAGAGGAACUUAUUAAAUUAUUUAAUGAACAUAAACACAAAUACACUGAAGAUCCUGAAAACACUAAUUUGAUAAUUGUUGAAUGA